ACCCCCCCACUCCUCCUGCGGGCUCACCAGGUUGGUUCAGAGACGUCCAGCCGCUGUCGGUGCCCCCGCGUCUGUCAGGCCCCGCUGUUGACUACGGAGGAUUCUUUCACCUCUGGAUCCGAGUUCUUAGACAUUUACGAGAAUGCCCACGAUAAAGUUACAGAGCUCCGAUGGAGAGAUCUUCGAGGUGGAUGUUGAGAUAGCCAAACAGUCUGUCACCAUCAAGACCAUGUUAGAAGAUUUGGGAAUGGAUGAUGAAGGCGACGAUGACCCGGUCCCCCUCCCCAAUGUAAACGCUGCCAUCCUGAAGAAGGUAAUUCAGUGGUGCACUCAUCACAAAGAUGACCCCCCUCCCCCCGAAGACGACGAGAACAAGGAGAAGAGGACGGAUGACAUUCCCGUGUGGGACCAGGAGUUCCUCAAAGUGGACCAAGGCACCUUGUUCGAACUCAUUCUGGCAGCCAACUAUUUGGACAUCAAAGGUCUGUUAGAUGUCACCUGCAAGACGGUGGCCAACAUGAUUAAAGGCAAAACCCCGGAGGAGAUCCGGAAGACUUUCAACAUCAAGAAUGAUUUCACAGAGGAGGAGGAAGCCCAGGUACGCAAAGAGAACCAGUGGUGUGAAGAGAAGUAGAGGGGGGGGGGUCCCACCAACACUACCACGCUCAAUAGGAAUCGGCCCUGCUAACUGGUUGCACUGGUGUUGUUCAUACUUGUCAAUAUUUACAUUUAGUUUAUUUAGAGGCGCACACACACCUUCCUCUUAUUUCUCCACCCUCAGCAUGAGCAUCUAAACUGUCCUGCGUCUCGUCAUUAUUUAAACCAAGAGGCUCUUUUGUUUCCGCUCACGUAAAACAAGAUUAGAAGACUUUUUUCUUUCCCUAUUUUUAAAUGCUAUUUUUGUCUUUUUUUUACUGGACAUGUUUGUUUUCUUGUAGGUUUCAAUUGGUGAAAUAAAAAUGUUGACAAUGGAAAUAAAAGGGUGCAAAUUUUAUUUUAAGAUGUGUUUUUGUUUCAUCAUUCCUGAUUCACGGUGGUCUUGAAUUGGAAAACUUUUUUGUCGGAUGAAGCUGAAUUUUUGGGAUGACCCAACACUUUGUUGAAGGAUUAAAUAAACGUAAAAAAGCCAGUUGUGUGUAGUUUUAUUUUUCCUUUCGUCAUCCUGAAUAAUGUCUCACAGCAGACGUGGUAAAGUUGAUAAAAACACUUUAAUACAUCAAACAAAAACAGGUAAUACAUGAGGUGCUGGUCAACAGGAAGUGGAAGCCGGGUUUGUUGGAACAUGCAACGGACUGAACACAAAGGGACGACUCAAUGUGUCGCUUUAGGAAACGGCCCCCUUUUAAAUUUUUUUUUUUUUUUUUUACAUAGAAACAA